AUGCAGAAUGAACAUGUGCAUCGAUAAUUGAGUCAUCAAUUAAAAACAUAAAUGUAAUUAUAGAUUAUUCAAUAAUUAAAAUUACUUAUGACUCAUCAAAGACCUCCAGUUCCAAAAUUCAAUGAUGAAUGCCUAACUCCAAAGAUGGAAAUGUCUUUAUUAGAAGAAGUUCAGCAUCUAAUUUUUAAAAUGAAUUUGGAUUUUGAGAUUGAGAAGAAAGCAAUCAGAAUAAUUUAAUCAAUUCCACUUUAGAAUACUCUGACUUCAGCAAAAGGAGUGAUUUUUUAUUGUCUCAAAGAAUCAAAUAGAAAAUUGCCUGCAUUGGAUAAAAAAGUGGAAUACGUCAUUAAAUUCAUCGAGCAAUAAUAAAGUCUAAACUUCUCCAAUGUCUGUUAAAAAAUGGGUUUCGGUGAUUAAGUUUCAAGAGUUUGUGAAACUUUGAAAAAGCAACUUGUUUAUUUAAUCGGCAAGUUAACGAUAAACCUUCAGAUUGCUAUAACAAUAAAAAUUGCUGCUGACAUUAUAUUCUACAAACAAGGAGGUUUAAACACCAAGUUUUUAGCAUUCCACACAAAAGUAAACGAAGAAUAGUUAAAGUGCUCUCUCAAUAGAAUUAAGCCAUUUUCAGAAAAAAUAAUGACUGAUCUCUUCAAUCACUACAAUGACAACCCUCUUUGAUUAAAUUCUUGUUUUUAUGUUUUAAUCUACUGUAUUACAAGUUAAA